ACUAACCAAUUUCUGAACACGUGUUUGAACCGCCUUUAGUGUCGAACUACUGCAAACAUGGCGUCGGUGAUGGCGACGAAGCGCCUUCGUAAAGAGUACCUGGCCAUGCAGCGCAAACCCGUGGACUACAUCCAGGCAGUGCCGCUGGAGACCAACAUUCUGGAGUGGCACUACGUGAUCACAGGCACAAAAGGCACGCCAUACGAGGGAGGAUUCUACCAUGGCAAGCUCAAGUUCCCACCCGAGUAUCCUAUGAAGCCUCCUUCCGUCAUGAUGAUCACGCCCAACGGCCGCUUCAAGACCAACCAGCGCCUAUGUCUUAGCAUGUCGGACUUCCACCCAGAGACUUGGAACCCCAUGUGGUCUGUCAGCUCCAUCCUCACGGGUCUCUAUUCGUUCAUGUUGGAGAACCAAGCGACAUUGGGGAGUAUUAGUACUACGGAUGCUCAAAAGAGAAAGUAUGCGGUGGCGUCUUUGGAGACGAAUUGUACCAAUGCUACAUUCCGGAAACUCUUUCCAGAUCUGGUAGCACUACAGGAGGAGCGGGAGAAAGAUCAGGAGUUACUACGGCAAUUGACACCGGAUGGAGCUACAUCGACAUCGUCUGGUAGUAGUACCAAAGGCGCAAUGGAGAAUGCAGCGGCGAUAGAGGACUGGUCCACGACAGUGUACCUGAUUGGCAGCGUGCUCAUGGUAGCCACUUUCGCGGCAUACUGGCUGUCGUAAGUAAGCAGUAUAAAAGGAGAGGGGCGAGAAGUUUAACAAGAAAUGUAGUGGGUAUUAUGUUGACCAAACGUAGUGUCUAUUUUGUUAGGAUCUCAGGCGUCAAAUGUCAAAGUUGGG